GGGUGGUUUAGUACUAGGGUAGGGCCUACAUCCACACUCCACUACGCUACCAGUAUCACAUACAUAAACCAUCGACCAAGCCCAAUUCCCCUUCUCCAGACCCCGCAUCCAUCUCCUCAUCAUACUCACCGAGUACAGUAAACCCCCCCCCUCCUCCCCAAACUUCACAUAUCAUACUCCCGCCAGCCUCCAUCCCACCUUGAAAAAGCAGCAUCCCAGUCCCCGAUCCCGAACCACAAUAGCUAGACCAGACACAACAAAUCCACAGAAUCCCACGCCCGAAGAAAACCACACAUAAGAAGAUGGCACCAAUAAUAGCCUUCAUCCCCGGCGCCUGGCUCACCCCCGCCUUCUACCAACCCUUCCUCUCCACUUUGACCGAAACCACCACCCUCCCCACCGAGCACAUCCCCUACCCGUCCCUGGACCCCAACCCCGACGACCCAGCAACGGCCGCCGACGUCCAAACCGACACCACCGCCAUCCGCACCCGGCUGCGCACGCUCAUCGAAUCCCAAGGCCGCGAGGUCAUCCUCGUGAUGCACUCCUACGCCGGGAUGCCGGGCGCCGCGGCGGCGUCCGGGCUGAGCAAAGCCGCGCGCCACCGGGCCGGAAAACCCGGUGGGGUGGUGGGCAUGAUCUUCGUGGCGGCGUUUCUCGUCCCCGAGGGGGUGAGUUGCGCCGGGUUGCAGGGGGGUGCGCUGCCCCGGUGGAUUUUGUUGGAUACGCCCGCUCCGUUACUCAACUACCCCGACGACCCGGUGGGGAAUUUCCUUCCAGAGGCCCGGGGGGAGGUGGCAGGUCUCGAGACGUAUCUCCGGCCGCACGCGACCCGGGCGUUUACGUCCCCGCAGCCGGCGCCGGCGUGGGCGGAGGCAGUUGGACCUGGUUUGGCGUUCGUGGUCACGGCCAGGGAUCGCGCCGUCCCCCGGGAGGCGCAGGAUGCGAUGAUGGCGGCGACGGGGCGGGAGUGGGUCGUCCGCGAGAUCGAGUGUAGUCAUUGUGCGCCGUUUGUGGGGGAGGAGCGGAUUGCGGAGACGGUGCGCGUGGUGGCGGAGUUGAUUCGGGGGUUUUCUUGAGGGGUAUGGGGCUGGGUAUGGGAGACGG